UAAACCUAUAAUUCCUAUGAUGGAAUGGAUUAGAUCAUAUAUAAUGAGUAGGUUUGCAACCCUUAGAGAGAAAGUGAAUGCAUAUACAGGAACUGUGAUGCCUAAACCACAGAAAAGGCUGGACAGGGAAAUAGAAAAAAGUGGGAAUUGGCUUCCUGUAUGGGCAGGGGAUUCUAAGUUUGAAGUGACGCAGGGGUUCACUAUGGAAAAAUUUGUUGUUGAUUUAAGUAACCAUAGCUGUAGUUGUUAUUUUUGGAAUUUAGUUGGUAUACCUUGUAGGCAUGUUGUGGCAACCAUUAAUUACAAGGUUGAAAACCCAGAGGAUUAUGUUCAUGCUUAUUACAAAAGGGAUGCCUACCAGGCUUCGUAUGGCCCUCAAAUUACCCCAAUCAAUGGACAACAACUUUGGCCAAAAACUAAUGAACCUGAACUACUGCCACCUAUUUACAAGACUCCACCUGGGAGACCAAAAAAGCUAAGAAGAAGGGAAGCUGAUGAACAUGUCAGCCAUUCCAAACUAUCAAAGAAGAAUACCAUCAUCAAAUGUAGCAAGUGCAAACAGUUAGGCCAUAAUAUAAGAAGCUGUAGAAGGGGAAUCAGAAACAGAAAGGGACAGAUGCAAACAACUGGUAGUGCAGCAAGCAACACUGCAGGAACAUCAAACCUUAGCUCCACCAGUAGAACCAAGGAGAAAGACCAAAUCACGGGUUGCAGCAUCCACCAACCAAGGAGAAAGACCUCGAACCACCAUAAGGAGAAGAAGAAUGGGAACAAGGGUUUUAGGGUCUCAAGCAAGUACUACAACUUCAGCAUGGCCCACGUGAAUGUGAAAAAAUGAAGUUUUUUUGUUGAUUUUUUUGUAUGGUGGACCACUUUUCUGUAAUGUAGUGCAUUA